CACGUAAUCACAAGAGUAUUACUUCCAAUGAAAAUUGAAUUCAAGACCUACCAAAAACAUACAAUUUAACCCUAGAGAGAUUCAUCAAAUAUCCUAUUACAUCUUUAGUCUUUAUAAGACUCCGUCUCAAGGCAUAACAAUCUGCUAUCACUCUCACAACCCAAAAGAAACUACUUUUUCUAUAAUGGUUGAGGAGUGACAUUUCAUCUAUAUUAAUAUUCUUACAAUAAAAUACUCUUUUGUCUUCUUUGAUUUAUAGUUAAAUAAAACAAGAAAGUUGGGAGUGUGUCUUCUUGGGAAUUGAGUGACCAAACUGCCCUUUCUAUGUACACUACCGUUGAAGUGGCAUUAAUACCCCCCGUAUAUUCCUGUCUGCAAUGAUGGUUUCCAAUAAACAAAACAAAGAACUGCCUUAACUCCUUAACAAGACAAGAGACAUUUGAGUCCAAACAUGGAAUUCUGCUAAUGAUUGAUGAAGAAAAAAAAAGGACAACAAUAUCAAACCGUUAAUGAAUAUGUCUACCGACAACACACCUUUGUGAUCAUAUCAACUAUAAACUUGGAGAAAGUGCAAUUUGCCAUGCCAUGCAUAUGCUUUGGAAGAAGUGGAGAGAGAUAUCAUAGAUUUGCUGAUGAACUAAGACUAAAGAAUUUAAUAGGCAUGCCUAGACAACAAAAGGACUAAAAAUUUAUGUUUUUAUUUUCUUCUAAUUAUGAUUGAAGUUGAGGACAACAAGGUGAAGACAAUAGAGGGUAACUGGGCAUGCAAGGACUUGUGUGGGUGCAAUGCAAUAAUGAUAAACACAAACCAAACAUAUAGUGAUCAGUUUAGUCAAGUGGGCAUAUAGAAUGAUUUGUAGUGGGGAUCAAGUUGCAUAUAUAUGCAUGGAUGGAGGAGAGAGAGAGAGCGAUGAGCUAUCUAUAUGGGUAUAGGCAAUCUUCAGAAAUGGCCUGGUUUUGGUGUGUGUAUGUAGUAGUUAUAAUGAUGAGUGGGUGGUGGUGAUCAUAAACUAUUAUAUUUAUAUGUAAGUGAAGUGGGAGAAAAAGUGAGAGAUGGAGAGCAUGCCCUAGAAUUUUGGGAAGAAGAAUAUAUAUACAUUAUAGAAAUGGAAUAAACAUAUAGUUACAUGGGAAUAUGUGAAUAUAGUAUAGAAAAGGAAACAAAAGUGUGAAUAAUUUUGGCAGAGUUUGGAGAGGGAUUAGGAGGCAAUGGAAUGUGAAAUUGUGAAUUGGGUUUGUGUUGGAAGUGGGAAUUUGAUGAUGAUGGCGAUUCACACGCCGGCAGCUUUACUUACUACUCAUGUCUCCCUCUGUCUCUCUCUUUCUCUCUCUCAAACCCAUUUGGCACGCCUGCUCCCACUAAAACCUAUAACAUUCUAUCUCUCUCCCCCUUUCUCUCUUUCUCUCACACUAUAAGUAUAUGAAAAGCAACACCCACUAACCCAUUAGUGAUCUGGACCUUGAUAUCCUUUUCUGAACUCUUUUUCAUCUUUUGUCAGAUAACUAUUCCAUUUCUCUGUACCACUCAACAUCUGAAAUUUUUAUCACUCAUUUCCUUCCUUAAGAUUAUUAGAAAGAAACACACCACACCUUCAUAAAGAGAAGUAUUCUAUUCCCCCCUCCCCUCAUCGGUUACAACAAAAGAAAUGCAUGUACUUUCUUUCUUUUUUUUUUUACCCAACAUGAAGUAUUCCCAAUAACACACAAACACAACAUACGCUCCCCUCUCUAUCUCUCUCUCUAAUGUUUCUAAAAAACAACUAAAAUCCAACCUCAAGAUCCUCUUUUAAAAAACACCAGCAACCCUCCAUAUCUAUCUCUUGAAACCCUUCCCAAUCCCAUCCACAACCAAUAUUCUUAUUUCUUAUACAAAGUAUAUUGAAUUGAUGUGGGGUUAGAUGGAUACCUUGUUUAGAUUAGUUAGUAAUCUUCAACAGCAAAACCAACAGCAGUCUGAUCAAUUGUCUUUCAAUAACUCCACCAGCAGAACCUCCAGCAGCUCUAGAUCCUCCAGACAACAGCAUAACCACCAUAUACAAGAAGACGAAGAAUGCUUCAACUUUUUCAUGGAUGAAGAAGACUUCUCCUCGUCUUCUUCUAGACACUACAACGUCUAUCCUUAUCAUCACCAAACCACCCCCACCACUACCACCACAAGCACUCCCACUCCCUCUCGCUCUCACCACUCACAUCAUGCCUUUGACUCCUCCACUCCCACCACCACCACCACACUUGACAGUACACCAUUCUCCUUCGACUUCUCCGGCAAGUGGGCUUCCGAUAUCCUUCUAGAAACCGCACGAGCAAUCGCGGAAAAGAACAGCAUCAAACUCCAACAACUCAUGUGGAUGCUCAACGAAUUAAGCUCCCCUUACGGCGACACCGAACAGAAACUCACCUCCUACUUCCUCCAGGCCUUGUUCAGUCGCAUGACCGACUCCGGCCUCCGAUGCUACAACACUCUAUCCUCAGCGUCGGACAAAACCUGCUCCUUUGAAUCAACAAGGAAGACAGUACUCAAAUUCCAAGAGGUAAGCCCUUGGACUACAUUCGGUCACGUAGCAUCCAACGGCGCAAUCAUCGAAUCCUUCGAAGGAGAAAACAAGCUCCACAUAAUCGAUUUCAGUAACACAUACUGCACUCAAUGGCCUACUCUUCUCGAAUCCCUAGCGACUCGUUCCGACGAAACCCCACAUUUGAGGCUAACGACGGUCGUCGUUACCAAAAACGACGCCGUUGUGGGAUCUGGUAAAGUAAUGAAGGAGAUCGGGAGUAGAAUGGAGAAAUUCGCGAGGCUUAUGGGGGUUCCUUUCAAGUUCAAUGUCGUGAAUCAUUUUGGGGAUUUGUCUGAUUUGAAUUUUGGGGAUUUGGAUGUUAGGGAUGAUGAAGCCCUAGCGAUUAAUUGUGUGGGGACACUGCAUUCAAUCACGGCCGUUGAUGAUAGACGAGAUUAUUUGAUCUCGAAUUUUAGGAGAUUGAAUCCGAGGAUCGUGACCGUUGUUGAAGAAGAGGCCGAUCUUGAUGUGGGCGUUGAUGGGCUGGAGUUUGUUAAUGGAUUUCAGGACUGUUUGAGAUUUUUCAGGGUUUAUUUUGAGUCGUUGGAUGAGAGUUUUCCGAGGGCGAGUAACGAACGGUUGAUGCUUGAGAGAGGUGCCGGGAGGGCGAUCGUUGACUUGGUGGCGUGUCAACCGUCUGAUUCGAUCGAAAGGCGAGAAUGCGCCACGCGCUGGGCGAGGAGGUUGCUUGGAGGUGGGUUUAGUCCUGCGGCGUUUAGUGACGAGAUUUGUGAUGAUGUACACGCCUUGUUGAGAAGGUAUAAGGAGGGUUGGUCAAUGACACAGUCAACCACGGAUACCGCCGGAAUAUUCUUGUCGUGGAAGGACCAGCCGGUGGUUUGGGCUAGUGCAUGGAGACCUUGAUGGGGGUGAUUCGCACGUGUGAUGUGUUUUUUGGCACGUGCAUGGGGGGAGGGAUCAAGGAUGGAUAGCAAGGAAAAGAGUAGCUUGAUUUUGGAUAGGCGAUGAAGUAAAUUGAUUUUCAUUAUUAUUUUCAACAAUAGUUCUUGAUUAUUACCAUUUUGUGAUUAUUUUGGAUAUUAUGGAAAAUUGAUUGAAUAGAUCAACCUUCAAUCC